AAUUUUGGAAUAUUAACAUUUGAAUAUUAUAUGGGCCUAGCCCAAAAUUAUGUUUUGCCAUUCGGCCCAUAUAAUAGACAAUCUGCAAAGUGAAGAAGAAGAAGAACCACUAACGUUAUCUUACCGGCCCGAUCACGGAGCUCACCUUUCAUCGUCAAUCUCCGGCGGACGAAUUUCUCUUCGUAGCCGUUACUUCUCAUUAUUUCUUUGAAACUUUCUUAGAAAAUUCUCUGUUUUGGUUAGGACAAUACAAACAGAGGAUGUUGAUGACACUAGCGGCGACGACCUCCGUUUCAUUUAACUCGAAGCUUCUCCUAUUUCGAAUACGUUGCUCGGAUUCUAACCCUAAGCGUGGCUUCGGCUCAAAAAAGGAAGAGAAAGACCCGGCAUUGCAGCAAAGGAAAUCAUCUUCUAAACAGUCUGUUUCUGUACCCAGAAAGGCACCUGGUCUGAAUACUCAGUUUGAAGGAAAAUCUGGUCGAUCUUUUGAUAUAGACUUCGAUGAACGGCUGGAAAACAUCAGAAGGUCAGCUCUUGAGCAGAAAAAGACAGAAGUAGUUAAAGAAUUUGGUCCAAUUGACUAUGAUGCACCAGUCAAGUCUGACCAGAAAACAAUUGGUCUUGGUACUAAGGUUGGAGUUGGCAUAGCUGUUGUUGUAUUUGGUUUGGUUUUUGCUCUUGGUGACUUUCUUCCCACGGGAAGGUGCGUUAAGAUCAGCUGGGUUGGUUUCCGUAAUUUCACAUUUUUGUCAUACCAAGUCAUUGAUAGUCCAACUAAGAACACAACAGUAGUUAAAAAUCAAAUUUCAGAAGAAGAGAAAGCCACGCUUCAGCAAAGGCUCAAAGAGUUUGAAACAACUCUCAAUGGCACGCCUCAGGAUCAAGCUGCUCUGGAGGGUGCAGCUGUGACACUGACUGAACUAGGAGAUUAUUCACGGGCUGCUGCGUUUCUUGAGAAACUCGCUAAGGAGAGACCAACUGACCCUGAUGUAUUUCGACUGCUUGGAGAAGUAAAUUAUGAACUUAACAACUAUGAAGGCAGUAUCGCUGCAUACAAAAUUUCUGAAAAGGUUUCUAAAGGGAUUGAUCUUGAAGUUACACGAGGCCUCAUGAAUGCGUAUUUAGCUGCGAAGAAACCAGACGAGGCCGUCAAAUUUCUUCUAGACACUCGUGAACGUCUGAAUACAAAGAAAACAAGCACAACUGACAGUGUUACAGAUGAAACAAAUCUAGACCCAAUUCAGGUUGAGUUACUUCUCGGAAAAGCGUAUUCAGACUGGGGACAUAUCAGCGACGCGAUAGCUGUUUAUGACCAGUUAAUCAGUGCUCAUCCUGAAGACUUCCGAGGCUACUUGGCUAAGGGAAUUAUAUUGAGAGAAAAUGGAAGCAGAGGAGAUGCAGAGAGAAUGUUCAUCCAGGCGCGCUUUUUUGCACCAAACAAAGCUAAGGCCCUUGUGGAUAGAUACUCCAAACUAUGAUCACUAUCUGAUUCUGUGUAUAUAAAUAUACAUGCACAUGGGCC